GGCUCUGCAGUGCUUGACGUCUUUCAGGUGCUCUGCGCCACUUACCUUAAAUCUUCUUCAAUCAACGCUAUUCUUUACUCACAAGGGAACUCAAACCAUCCAGAUAGCUCAAUGCUCAGAUUAAACGCUAAUUACCCUUUCUUUCCCAACAAACCCCACCGAGUUUGUAAUAGAAAGCUCGGGACUUACUAUGAUUCUUCGUCGAUGUUUAAACAUGGCGGAGUUGGCGAUGAUGCUGAUAAGAAGAAGCUGUUUCUAAGAGUUUCUGUGAAAGCAAUGAAGGAAGAAGGUAACGGAAGUGGAAGCAUGAGUUUCUCUGGACAAAGCUGGGAUCCAAGUUCUGAGAUACAAGUUCCUUCAGAACAGAGACCUGUGAAUGAGUAUUCGUCUUUGAAGGAAGGGAUGUUGUAUUCAUGGGGAGAAUUGGCUCCAAGCCAGUUUUUUCUUCGUCUUGGUGGUCUUUGGCUUGUGACUUUCACUGUUCUUGGUGUUCCCAUCGCAGCUGCUAGCUUUAAUCCUUCCAGAGAACCUUUGAGGUUUGCUAUAGCUGCAGGGACAGGAACCUUGUUCCUGGUUUCAUUGAUUGUCUUGAGAAUUUACCUGGGAUGGAGCUAUGUUGGAGAUAGAUUACUUUCUGCGGUUAUUCCAUACGAAGAGAGCGGAUGGUAUGAUGGCCAAAUGUGGGUUAAGCCACCUGAGGUAUUGGCUCGGGACAGGUUGUUAGGUUCUUACAAGGUGAAGCCAGUAAUCAAGAUGCUGAAACAAACAUUGGUUGGAACAGGAGCUUUACUCGUUUCAGCAUUCGUGCUAUUCGUCUUUGCAACACCAGUCGAGGAUUUCUUUAAAACCACUCUAGGAUCCAACGAUGAGGUUUCUAUUUCAAGAAUCAACAACAACAGGUUCAAUAUGAGGAAAGAACAAUUGCUUCGGUUGCCAAUAGAUGUUGUGACCAAUGAUGACUUGGCAGCAGCGGCGGCUGAGGCUGCUGAUGGAAGACCCGUCUAUUGCAGAGACCGUUACUACCGUGCAUUAGCCGGUGGUCAAUACUGCAAAUGGGAAGAUCUUGUUAAAUAGUUGUCAAAAUAUUGAAUGAGGACACUAUCAUUUUCUCAGUUUUGAUUAAAAAUGGCUUAUUUAAGCCUAAAUCAUCACUAAAUACUGUUACACGAAUACAUGAUUAUUCAAUCGAUGAGCCAAAACCUACUCGUGGGUCGUGGCAUUAUCUCA